UGCACUCCUGCGCUGCUUUCAAAUCUACGAACCAGCUACGCUUACGAUUGCGACAACAGACCGAGAGAGUAAAAUGAAGCAGAGUUUCAUCGGGAUCUUUUUGGCUCUGACCAUUGUAUUUGGUCUUGUCUGGGACGUGACUGCAGAGUUAGAAGACGCAGAUUUUUCGACUGAGGUUGAGAAAACGGAGAAAGUGGAAGAAGUGCACGUGUCCAAACGUCCCUUCACCGGCGCGGUGCUCCGUGGUGCUCUCAGAGCCCUAAGGUCAAGGCCGGCGCGGGCCGUGUUGCGCAAACUGGCCGAAUACUACGGAAGGAGAAGCAGCGUAUACGAGAUCGUUGAGGUAAUAGAAGAGGUGGCCAAAAUAAUUGGAAGAUACGAUAGGGCGUUCUCCAGUCAUUUCAUUGACGCGGCUGUUCGUCUCGGUUUUAGCCGUGACUUUGGCCUGGCGGUAUACAACCUUGUCUAUUGGCUGAUAUAGAUAUAGUUGGCUGCAGUUCUGUAGGCCUGCGGUAUAUAUAGGCACCUAUCUCUUCAAUUGAACCAUUCAGCUCGCUUACUUGCAGUCAAAGUGAUGUACUAGUAACAUGUACAAGACGACUUGAAUAUUAGAAUAAAACUUCUAGCAUGCAAAAUGA